AUGACCGCCAAAAGCUCCACAGAAACCACCAAAAACCCCACGGAAACCACCAGGAGCUCCGCGAAGACUGCCAAAAAGAUCCCAAAGACCACCGACCGGCAUCUCAAGGCCACCAAAGACCUCGUGGCCAACCAGGAGGUCCCAGUGGCCACCCCGUGGCCGGCCGUGCCCCGUUGCAAGCCCUUGAGGCACGCCUACGAGAAGGAGAUCGUGCUCUACGCCUACUUCGAAGGGUUGGACUACGUCAGCACCGAGUGCGUCUACGCCCCCCACGCCUACCGCGGCCACGCGCGGAACCUUCUCAAAGAUUUGGAAGCCACCAGGCCCAGUACGGUGGCCGCUUUGGGUCAUUCGGGUCGACGGUUAGCGGUGGCUACGGAGGUGGCCACCAAAACGUUGGGGGCGUGCGGACGUUGCGGCUUUGCCGCUAGUCAACCGCUCUGCAAGACGUGCGUCCUCCUGGCUUCGCUCGAGCGUGGGCUACCUAGGUUGGGGUUGGGCAAGCGGUCGCUGGAGUUGGCUAGCGGUAGCGGCGGCUACCGAGAU